AUGCCGACCAUGACACAGGCAACCGUCAGCACCAGCGUGGAUGUGCCAGGCACGCCCAUUCAUGCUCAGGGCUCCACUCGGAAGCCCAUCAAAACAGUGUCACCACCGUCGCAGGAUGUCUCUAGCACGCCAUCCGAGAAGAAACGGGCGAGCAAAUAUCGACAUGUUGCAGCAUAUCACUCAUCGCUACGGGCGUCGCCUCUGAGCACGGACUCGACUGUCAAUCCGAGCUUCAUCGGUUUUCGCAAUUUGAUGGUGAUUGUUCUGAUUGUAAUGAACCUGAGACUGGUAGUUGAGAAUUUCAUGAAGUAUGGAGUCCUCAUUUGUAUAAAAUGCCACGACUACAGGAAAAAUGAUGUCUUCCUCGCUUCAAUACUCACUGCACUCGUUCCAUGCCAUCUCUUCGUGGCAUACAUCAUCGAGUUAGCUGCCGCGCAGCAGGCCAAGGGAGCCAUCGGCCGGAAGAAGAAGAGUGAUAAUCUCGCUGCGCAAACAGCAAAGGAACAACGGACUUUCCAGCUAGCCUGGCGCUUCAUCGCUUUCGCACAUACCAUCAACGCCACGCUCUGUCUAGCAGUGACCAACUUUGUGGUUUAUUACUACGUUCACCACCCUGGCAUUGGAACUAUAUGUGAACUCCAUGCCAUCAUUGUAUGGCUGAAGAACUGCUCGUACGCAUUUACUAAUCGCGAUCUUCGCCAUGCUAUGCUACAUCCAUCGGAGCAAUCGAAGCUUCCUGAGAUCUACUCGUCAUGCCCAUACCCACAGAAUAUCACCGUGGGAAAUUUGAUCUACUUCUGGCUUGCGCCGACGCUGGUUUAUCAGCCCGUAUACCCGCGAACUACGCAUAUUCGAUGGGGCUUUGUCGGAAAGCGACUUGGCGAGUUUGUCGUGCUAUCCGUGUUUAUCUGGCUGACCUCGGCCCAAUAUGCUGCUCCGGUGCUUCGCAAUUCUCUCGACAAGAUUGCCGUGCUAGAUUUCCCCUCCAUCAUUGAGCGUAUCAUGAAGUUGUCAACCAUAUCACUCGUCAUCUGGCUGGCAGGAUUCUAUGCACUGUUCCAAUCACUGUUGAAUGCGCUGGCUGAAAUCAUGCGUUUCGGUGACCGCGAAUUUUAUUCAGAUUGGUGGAAUAGCUGGAGUGUUGGUAUGUACUGGCGGUCAUGGAACAAGCCGGUCUAUCUAUUCAUGAAGAGACAUAUCUUCUCUCCUCUUGUCGGACGGGGAUGGAGUUCGUUUUCGGCGAGUAUCAUGGUGUUUUUGUUUUCUGCUAUUCUGCAUGAGCUGCUUGUGGGCAUACCUACUCACAAUCUAAUUGGCGUCGCUUUUGCAGGUAUGAUGUUUCAACUUCCAUUAAUAACCGCAACGCAACUAUUGGAACGAAAGGAUGAUCCAACGACUAGGAUAAUUGGCAAUUCAGUAUUCUGGGUGACAUUUUGCCUCGUGGGCCAGCCACUGGGCGCAUUACUAUACUUUUUUGCCUGGCAGGCGAAAUACGGCAGUGUUAGCAAGCUGGCCGCUAGUCUUUGA